AUGGUCGCAAAUACAUCGAACGGCCACCCUGCGCUGGCGCACUGUCUACGAUUUGCCGCGACGACCGUCGGCCGGGAUAAGCUGCUACGGACAGCACAAUACUUCUCACGGUUCUAUAUCUGGCACCUAUACCGCAGAAACCACCAAAAGUCCGCAAUCGAUGCCUACAUUGUUCUCCGGAGGCAGCUUGGGACCACGCGCAAGAUCUUACGGCUUGGCAACUUCCUACAGAACCUCCAGACCCUCGCCCGUGUCAUGAGCGACAAGAACCACAGUGAACCGGUGCUAAAAUUCUUGGCAAUUGGGGGUCAACUCGGCUUUGGUGGAUAUCUGGUUUUCGACAAUAUCACUGCUCUCAAGGAUAUCGGGAUCUACAAGUUGCCAUCGUCGGAGCGCCUAGAUGUCCUAGCGGAUAAAUUCUGGGCUGCGGGUUUGGUUUGUAGCAUCAUGACAUGCAUCUAUACCUUACUGCACUCGCAGACUCAGCAGAGAACGAAGCCCGAGGAGGGCGAGCGAGAAUCCAAUAAUAAGAUGCGUGCCAAGGAGCGAUCCGCUGCUUGGAUUCAGCUCAUCUCGGACCUAUGCGACUUGACGGUUCCGGGGAAGAGUUUGGGUGUUAAUGCACUCGACGAUGGCAUGGUUGGCAUGGCCGGUACCGUGAGUAGUUUAAUAGGUGUCUGGAACCAAUGGAAGACCACUGCGUAG